GUUCAGUUGCGUUUCCAGUCCAUAUUUCACCGUGCUGCGAACAGGCGGACGGACGGGGUCUCCAAUUCAGUCGUCGGGCCGCCGCAGUUUCAACGCGCUCGGAUUCAGAUUCAGAUUGAGAUUCACACUCAGAUUCACAUUCGGAACUCGCCAGCCUCCCGCAAAUAUUUAAAAUAAUUAAAAUUCUAUUAAAAAAAAAAAAUAGGAAAAUAAUAUCCAAAGUUCCAGUUUGAGUGUGCGUGGCUAAAAUAAAUAAAUAGUGCAAAUAUUUUAAGGAAUUACUCAAAUGAAAAUACCAGCAGCAAGAAGCAAAAAUUAAUGCUUGUGCCACUUGAAUGAAAAAUUCAAUGCCAUUAGUGUGUGCAAAACAAAAAUCUAUGUAUAUAUGUUAGCAAAUAUCCGAAAAUAUUUGCAGAUAGCCAUUUGAAUGGAAAAGUGCUCGAGAGUAAAUAGGCCGAAAGUCGAAACAUAUCCACCGACCGAAAAUCGAAAAUCUUGGACAAACUUGUGCAGUUUUCGUUUUCCCAACGCUUACCGAGUGCUAUUAUUAAAGUAAUUUGUGCGACACUUGCCACCUGUUCGACAACUUUUGGAAAAUACACACACAGCCACACACAAUUUAUGCAAACGACUUCGAGAAGAAAGCCGAUCCGAUCCCCAAAAACCGAAAGUGAGAGUGUCAAGAGGAGUCGUUGACCCAGCGUAUUCCAACGGAGCAUCGCGUUGAAGACGUCUCAAGAGGUCUGAGCCACUAAGGAGGGAAUCUGGAGCUAGGCGACAAUCAGAACCGCAGUAAAUACAAUCCAGCAGCCCACAGAGAUUUAUUGAAAGAGAUACCCAAGUACAAGGCAUAAAAGUCAAUGACCACAUCAACUGGCGGCCGCAAGCACCGUUUUUAUUAAGCAAACGCCCCCACAUAAAUUAGUAAUCAGGCGGCGACGACGACCACGGGGCAGCCGACCGCAGGCGAAACUAAUAAGACGACUUAUUUUUAUUGAAAUUAUGAUUAAUGAUGAGUUCGGCGCAGUAAAUCGCGGCACCGACACGGUGGCGUAUACGCAAUGAUGCUGAGGGUCGCAAUGAACGCAAUGGGCUGGGGUUGCUCAUACGCCGCGUCGGCCCGCUUUAGCUUUUGAAAGACCUGCUUCAUGGCUUCGCCUGGCCUGGACUGGCAACGCCACCAGAGCCACCACCACCAGCAUCACCACCACCACCACCACCAGAGUCACACUCACCCAGUGAUCCACCAGAAACUGAUCUCCACCGCCACGCUGACUCUGUUCGUCCUCUUCCUGAGCAGCUGGAUAGCCUAUGGAGCGGCCAAGGCCACCGUGGCUGCUCCGCUCCUGGAAAGCGAGACGGAGCCGUCGCCCUCGCUGUCGCAGGACUUUAAUAGUAGCACCGCCUUCCUGGGAGCCAUAGCCUCGGCCUCCGGCUCGGGUUCGGGUUCGGAGCUGGGCUCUCUGUCGCCCAUGAACAGCAGUCCCAUUGCCAUAGUCUCGUAUCAGGGAAUCACCAGCACUAAUUUGGGUGACAGCAACACGACGCUGGUGCCCCUCUCAGACACUCCCCUGCUCCUGGAGGAAUUCGCCGCUGGAGAGUUUGUGCUGCCCCCGCUGCAGUCCAUUUUCGUGAGCAUCGUCCUGCUGAUCGUCAUCCUAGGCACUGUGGUCGGAAAUGUCCUCGUCUGCAUAGCCGUCUGCAUGGUCCGCAAGCUGAGGAGACCCUGCAACUACCUGCUUGUCUCCCUGGCGCUCUCCGAUUUGUGUGUGGCCCUGUUGGUCAUGCCUAUGGCCCUGCUGUACGAGGUGCUGGAGAAGUGGAACUUUGGACCGCUGCUCUGCGACAUCUGGGUAUCCUUCGACGUGCUCUGCUGCACCGCCUCGAUCCUGAAUCUUUGCGCCAUAUCGGUGGAUCGUUACCUGGCCAUAACCAAGCCUCUGGAGUAUGGAGUCAAGCGAACACCGCGCCGGAUGAUGCUGUGCGUGGGCGUCGUUUGGCUGGCCGCCGCCUGCAUCUCAUUGCCGCCGCUCCUGAUCCUGGGCAACGAGCACGAGGACGAGGAUGGCCAGCCCAUUUGCACGGUGUGCCAGAAUUUCGCAUAUCAGAUCUACGCCACGCUGGGCUCCUUCUACAUACCGCUGUCGGUGAUGCUCUUCGUCUACUACCAGAUCUUCAGGGCGGCGCGACGGAUUGUGCUGGAGGAGAAGCGUGCCCAGACGCAUCUGCAGCAGGCCCUCAACGGCACCGGCUCGCCCUCAGCCCCGCAGGCUCCGCCCUUGGGCCACACGGAACUGGGCGGCAAUGGCCAGCGGCACAGCAGUGUGGGCAACACAUCGCUGACGUACUCCACCUGCGGCGGAUUGAGCAGCGGCGGCGGUGGAGCCCUGGGCGGCGGCGGCGUAAGUGGCGGUCAUCAUGGCAGCGGCGGCGGGGUGAGCGGUUCCACUGGACUCCUGGGAUCGCCGCACCACAAGAAGCUGCGCUUCCAAUUAGCCAAGGAGAAGAAGGCCUCCACCACCCUAGGCAUUAUCAUGUCCGCCUUCACCGUCUGCUGGUUGCCCUUUUUCAUCCUCGCCCUCAUUCGUCCUUUUGAGACGAUGCAUGUCCCUGCCUCGCUCUCCUCCCUCUUCCUUUGGCUGGGCUAUGCCAACUCCCUGCUAAAUCCCAUCAUCUAUGCCACCCUCAAUCGGGACUUUCGCAAGCCCUUCCAGGAGAUCCUCUACUUCCGCUGCUCCAGCCUCAACACGAUGAUGCGAGAGAACUACUACCAGGAUCAGUAUGGAGAGCCGCCCUCCCAGCGGGUGAUGCUGGGCGAUGAGAGGCAUGGAGCCAGGGAGAGCUUCCUAUAGGCAAGUCCACCGGUUAGCAGUGGCAAUAGCGAAGCGAAUCUGAGGUGUGCCAGGAUAGGAUAGGCUUCUUCCAUACGAUUCGGUUAGGCAGUAUCCUUAUUAGGAACACUCACAUAAGCUUACAUUGAGGGGAGAAGACCUAAAGCUAAUGCCAGAUAAGCUGUUUAGUCCUGAUGGGGUUGAAGGUAGUCCUGGGAAAGCUUAGACGUAAAAUGGUCAGGUGCUUAGUGGGCAGAAUUUAUAUUAUUUAUUUACGUUGUAGAAAGGCCAAGCUGUCCGAUCUUCAAAAGCCCACUUUGACACUUCCAUCCGCAUUGAAAAUUGGAUCAGUGAUUGUCCAUAUUGGCAAUUCAUUUAUGUAAAUUGGAAAAGCCUCAAUGUGUUAGAGAGCCCAAGAUGCAUACCAAAGUGAGAUAGAAAGGUGGCGAAAGUGUUUAAGACCCAUAUUGCCCAGGCCAAUACACCCAGAGCGAUCCAAGGACUACCUCCAACCCCACCCCCUCAAUUAAGAACCCUCUUCAGAACACACACAUGGAUAUUUGUAUGUAGUAGCGUUAGUAGUGCGUAUCUCUGAAUAUGUGCACACCACAUCCCUGGCAUUCGCAAUAAGUGCGACAUGUAGACGACUCCUCUAAAUGUAACUUGUUGUUGUAAUUUUAAAUGUAGAACUAAGCAAUCAGAGUGGUGUACACCACACACACACCACACACACACGUAAAACACUCACAAUCCAAAAACACACACACGGUUGUAACUGUGACAGGUUUCUACGGUUCCUUUUAUGUUUCGAAAACAAUCAGCACCGGAUAUGAGACACAAUCGUUAUCGAAUCUAUAUUGAUAGCCCCGAAGAGGAAAACCACCAUUUCCCAUUUGCCCCAAACAAAGAAAAGAAAAGGAAAAUUUGCCAGCGUAGUUAGUUGAUUUGCGAUACUCAAACUGAGCCAAAUAUUAAAUUUACAAGCUGCGAAGAGCAGACCAUUAAGCCUACUGAUUAACCUAGAUAUACUUAUGUUCGUGCAAGAAGCUAUCCACUGUAAAUAGCCAGCCAGGACCCUCAAAAGGGCCUGCGGCCCUGUCUAUAAUGAUAUAUAUAUAUUAUAUAUAAAGAUAUAGGAAACGUAGCGUAUACUAUAUAUGUAUGUGUACACUGUGCGGCUCAAGCUCAAGUGAGAUGAACUAAAUUGUAUUUUGUAACUUUCUGCAUUAGUCUUUCGUUGUAUUUUGUAUGAAAAGUCACGCCUCUCUGUGAUACCAAACAUUAAGCAUUACUUUUAUGUUUAGAUCGAAGCUGCAUCAAACGUAAUACACACAUACCUAUACAUAUAGAUAUAGUCAACUAAGUGUGCAUGUUUUUAUUGUAUAUGUAUGUAGCACUCCGCGAAGUGCACUAUGAUAUUCGCAACAAACAAACAAACAAACAAACCAACAAUCGAUGGAAAAACUGAGCUCCUCCGCCGACCCAGGCGAGAGAUAAACUAUCAAACUAUUUACAUAACCCACACUCACCACACACACCCCGAACACACACAAAUCCAGCAACCGCACACAACCAUCGCCCACACAUGAAAUGAAAUUGAAAUCGAGAAUGGAAAUUGAAAACGCAAAUGAAAAACAAACAAACAAAAACGGCAAACGAGCAUGACAAAACUAAGCGCAGCUAAUUAUAUGCAAACCGAACUAAAGUUCAUUACAAAAACAAACAUCAAAUAUUAUAAUUAAAAACAAAACGCAAGUAAUUGAGAAUAACAUACGAAUAAAAACUACAAAACACUUUCCGAGUGAAGCUUACAAAACUGCAAAAACUGCAUUUGAAAACUGUUUUCUUGAAAAACGUGCGGAAAAAUUAAGGCAUCAAAUAAAA